AGCCCGCCUCCUCGCAGUUUGCCACAGGGUUUUGCAGUCUCCUGAUUUCCUCAUGCCCCCAGGAGCCCGCAUGGGCAAUCUUCUUUGUAGUUUCAGAAGGUUUGUUGCCCUGAAGGUCGCACUCUGAGUUGAGGAGUGCAAAAAUAACCCCUUGUUUUGCCUUCCAAAGAUCUGCCCCAAAGAUAAGCUGUUGCUCUUCUGGAAAGCCUGACUGGUAGGAUUCCUUCAGGGGUUCAGCCCAAAGUGCUUCCUUUCGUCCCCUCACCAGCUUCACUCACGAUCAGAGCUUGCCCAGGACCUCUGGAGGAAAACCUGCUGGAUUCCAUCAUCUCGCCCACAAAUGGCUAAUCCUGGAGGUGGUGCUGUUUGCAAUGGGAAUCUGCACAACCACGAGAAACAGAGUGACGGCUCACCAAGUGGAAACUGCGCGAAGAACGGGAUAGUGAAAGAAGCCCAGUAGGCGUUAUGCUAAGCUUGGAAGCUUCCAUCAAAAACCUCAGGCCUGGCCUCUCCCAGCUGAGCAUCUGAAACCUACCACAAUAUGAAGAGAAAACAUUCGACUCCUAUCUUUCCCGUGAGGACAAUCCUAAUAAUAUCCACCAUCUAUUUGUCACAAAAUGGGAAGUCACAUUUUUACGAUAAGCCAAUUGCUGAAUCCUUUGAAGAAGCACCCCUUCACGUUAUGGUUUUCACUUACUUGGGAUAUGGACUUGGAACUCUAUUUGGCUAUCUCAGAGACUUUUUGAGGAGCUGGGGAAUAGAAAAGUGUAACGCAGCUAUAGAACGAGAAGAACAAAAAGAUUUUGUGCCGCUUUAUCAAAACUUUGAGAAUUUUUACACACGGAACUUGUACAUCAGAAUCAGAGACAACUGGAACCGGCCCAUCUGCAGUGCCCCGGGAUCUCGGUUUGAUGUGAUGGAGAGGGUGUCGGAUGACUACAACUGGACAUUUAGGUUUACUGGAAGAAUCAUCAAAGAUGUCAUCAACAUGGGUUCAUAUAACUUCCUUGGCUUGGCCGCCAGUUAUGAUGAAUCUAUGAGGACAGUAAAGGAUGUUUUAGAAGAGUAUGGCUUAGGUGUGGCCAGCACCAGGCAUGAAAUGGGAACCUUGGAUAAGCAUGAAGAAUUGGAGAACCUUGUGGCUAAGUUCCUGAAUGUAGAAGCAGCUAUGGUCUUUGGGAUGGGAUUUGCAACUAACUCAAUGAAUAUCCCUGCUCUAGUUGGAAAGGGAUGCCUCAUUUUAAGUGAUGAGUUAAACCAUGCAUCUCUUGUACUUGGGGCCCGACUUUCAGGUGCAACUAUAAGGAUCUUCAAACACAACAACAUGCAAAGCCUAGAGAAGCUCCUGAGAGAUGCUGUAAUCUACGGCCAGCCUCGAGUCCGCAGAGCUUGGAAGAAGAUUCUCAUCCUAGUGGAGGGCAUCUACAGCAUGGAAGGUUCCAUCGUGCAUCUGCCCCAGAUCGUGGCUCUAAAGAAGAAAUACAAGGCUUACCUCUACAUAGAUGAAGCUCACAGUAUUGGGUCCGUGGGCCCAACUGGCCGGGGUGUUGUAGAAUUCUUUGGACUGGACCCUCGAGAUGUCGAUGUGCUUAUGGGCACAUUCACCAAAAGCUUUGGAGCUGCAGGAGGUUACAUAGCUGGAAGGAAGGAGCUUGUGGAUUAUUUACGAGUUCACUCACAUAGUGCUGUUUAUGCCACAUCCAUGAGCCCCCCAGUAGCUGAGCAAAUCAUCAGAUCAAUGAAACUUAUCAUGGGACUGGAUGGUACCACAGAAGGGUUGCAGAGAGUACGGCAGCUGGCAAAAAACACGAGAUACUUCAGACAGAGACUGAAUGAAAUGGGAUUCAUUAUCUAUGGCAAUGAGGAAUCUCCCGUUAUUCCCCUGCUUCUUUACAUGCCUGCUAAAGUAGCGGCUUUUGCAAGGCAUCUGUUAAAUAGAAAAAUCGGGGUGGUGGUUGUUGGAUUUCCAGCUACUCCCCUCGCAGAAGCUCGGGCUCGGUUUUGUAUUUCAGCUGCACAUACGCGGGAGAUGCUAGACACAGUUUUGGAAAACCUGGAUGAAAUGGGUGAUCUCCUGCAACUGAAGUAUUCCCGGCACAGGAAGUCAGCGCGCCCUGAACUCUACGAUGAGACAAGCUUUGAACUGGACGAUUAAGUUUCCUGGUCCUGAGUUGCACCUAAAGACUUUGCCAGAAAGACACCCCCCCCCCUGACUCAAAGAAAUAUAAAUGGAUUUCUCCCCCCUUUCUAUGCACAAUUUUGGUUUCCACACCAGCUUAAUUGAACUGAAGAAAAUGUUGUGUUUUUAAUGUCUCCAACUCGGGAGUGCAGAGACAAAAGUAUGGUUCCAGGUUUUAACUUUCUCCUCUCCCAAGUAUCCUACUACAAAUACACACACACUCCCUAGAACAUUUUUAAUGGCAGCGAGCCCAUGCUUUAGCUGCUACUGUGCAGACUCUUUGGUCCAGACUCUUUCAGGCAUUCCAACCAAAUGAGAGGGUUUGGGUUUUUAAUUCAGUAAAUCUCACUAUAUUUUUACUUAUUUCACCUGCAGAUGUGAGCAAGGGUCGUGGGCAGCAGCCGACCUCCUUGUUUCCCCAUAAGUGCCCCAGCUACAACUCCUCCAUAUCACUGGGAGCUCCAGGCAGGAGGAUAAAGAAAUGUUGCUUCUACCAUUUGCCGCGUUUGCACUUUAUCCAAGGCUGAGUGUCAAAGCCAUAGUUAAUGUUUGGAGAGAGAGAGUAGGACUGGCCAGCAGGGACUAGAGAUAUCUUUGAAGGAAACUUUCCUUUUCCUCUUGCUGGUAUCCUACAGUUUUACAGCUGAGCUCUUGAGGUUUGGAAAAUUCAAGACUUUUGUUUCAUAAGGAAAGGGGCAGAAAGCAAACACAAGCCAAUUUUAGGCCUAGACUAAAACUGUAAUGUUACAACAACUGGAAGGUUUUUGGUGCCAUGUGGAGUGAAUGUUUCACUUGCAUACAUAACCCUUAUUCCUCUAAGGAAUGACUUGUCGUUUUCCUAUUAAAUUUUUAGUAAAUGGUGAGAUUCAAUUUCCUUUAGAGUUGACUCUCCAGACUAUACUUGAAUGUAUUGAUUCAAAACCGACAUUAAAAAGCAAAUUCUAUUCAACUUUUUCAAGACUGACACCCCUGUUCAAGCCUAUUAAAUAGUUCUCACUGUCUGCUGGCACAUGUGAUCCAACUCUGGUGUAAAGUGGGCUUGUACACUAUUGGGCAACGAACUGUAAUUUACUUGAGUUGUCUCUUUCUGCCUCUGCUCUGUCUGUCUCUCUCUCUCUUUCUAAAUGUGAACACAGACUUAAAUGGAAUAGUACCUCUUUGCUAAUUGGAUCUAGUUGAUAUGGAAAAAGCCAGUGGAAAACCUUAUCUUUAACAAGCUCCCAGAUGGUUCCCAGAUUUGGAAACUCUAAAGAGCAGUGGUGACCUUUUAGCAAAGCUUCUGUAAUAGUUCGAAUGAGUUACAGAACAUUCCACUCCAUCAAAUGACAGUAUAAACAAAUCACUUCAAGAGAGGUUUGACUCAUGACACAGAUGGACCCAAGCUCUCAUGCUGUGUACUGAGAUAGAAACCCAGGCCAGAACACCAGUGUUGAAGAGCAAUAUGCCCUGGUGCUCAUGACUGAUUAAAGGAUAAAGUUGAUCAAUGUGAAAAGCUUUUUAUGGGGAAAGUAUAACCCCUACCAGGUAUAUCAGCUUAAAAGUGGAUCACAAUGAUGAAGUUUCUCACAAACAUUUGUAAGGAUCACUAUCAGCAGAAGAGGAGAGGAAGUGAAUUCUAACAAUGCAGUUGCCCCAUCCAGUCACUAGUUGUGAUAACUAAAUUCCAACUCUCCCCAAUGAUUUGGUGCACCAUUACCAAUGCAAAGAAAAUAUAUAUGGUAUACGUGUCCCCCCCAAAAAUUUUCCUCUUGAAAAUGUGCAUUUAAAUGAAAUUAAUUCUAGUCAAUUGUCCAAAAUGUGUAAAUGUCUUCAGUUCUAUAAAAGGAACAAUAGACAAAGAGGGCAGUGGAACAUCUGAGCUUUACUGAGGUACAGCAAGCAAUAAACAUCCCCUUCCAUUCUAGAUGUCCAUCAUCUUCAUACACACCCCUUCACACCCACCCUUUGAGUUUUAAGCCUUUAGAGGGGUGUCUUUGUAAGCAGGAAUAUUCAUCUAUCACAUGACUUUUAUGGAGGAUCUUGAGUCUGACUCAUGAUAAGAAAAUAAUUAUUUAUCUACAUGGCCUAGGGAGCAAGGGGGACAUUACUCCUGCUUCAUCAAGAUCCCAGAGUCCUGGGACAAUUUAUUACAUUCCCAGGUACAAAAGAAAAAAAAAAAAAACUACCUCUGUCAGAGGGUUUACACUGAAUACACUUAUGAGAACAACUAUAAACCAAAUACAAUGCUUCCUGAGAACAUUAGGAAGGACCCAGAUCCCACAGGGAUGGUAAUAUGAGUAUAUGUCAUAUGUAGAAUGUGGUUGGUUAAGAAGGUGAUUAUGAGAAUUUUUAAUUUUUAUAAGAAAACAUCUGCUAGGUUAAUAAAACCACAAUUUCAAAUCUGUAGGGAUUAUUGAAUCUCAAGAACUAUACCACAGCCAAAAUGUCCCUUUGGCCGGUUCGGUUAAGAACGAGAAUUUCUAACCAAGCUCUGUUAUGUACCCCAAACAUCCCAAAUGCAUGUGUGUGCGUACACACACACACACACACACAAUUUUCCCUUCUUUUACAGAGCAGGCAAGAGUAUAAAGGUAAGGUGAGAAUCUGGUUGAUAAAUAGAUGGAAGGUGUUCUAAAAGUGGUAUUCGUAGGGGGGAUAUUCGUAGCGGGGAUACACUUGCUUAACGGGGAAAUGGCAUAGACACAUUCCUAAUCUUAUUGUGGAACUGUGUUAUUGUAGAUGUUUGGCUACACUGCCUUUCAGCAUGUUUUGGUUUGACAGACACCAUGGGCUUCAGAAUUCACUAGGAAGCUUAUUAAAAUGCAGAUCGCUGGGCCCCCCACCAGACUUCCACAUAAUCAGAAUAGCUGUAGUGCCCAGGAACUUAUAUUCAGCCAGCCUCCUCAGGAGCUUCUAACCCAUGUCAUAAUUUGAGAACCAUUGUUGGAGCUUUUGUUUGCAUAGAUCAGUUGUCCCUACUAACAUAACAAACUUUGUCCUGAUUCUCUGUUGACAAGGUGUUUAUACUACUAAAGUUAAGUGAAUUAUUCCCAUCUCUUCUCAAUGGGACAUUUUGUUCCCAUUAUCCAGGUACCUUCUCUUUCUACAAAGUUGGAUAUUAAGAAUAAUCUGCCUCUGAUUAUUUAUUUACUCCAACAAAAGCUCUCAAAUAGGGUAAAAGUUAACAAUUCUUCACACAUGUAAUGUUCCUCUGUAUUUUCUUCAGAGAUAACCAGUAUUAUAAAUGGUUUACUCUGACUUACAAUUUUCAAUGAGGAAAACUUAACUCUCUGUCAUGUACUUGAAUUUAUGGCAAUAAUAACAACUAUAUUUUGAA